UGAAACUAGCUAUAUGUUUUGGCGAAUAUUGUAUAACGUUAACGAAGGAUCAGAGAAAAUGCAUAGCCUUAGCUAUUCCAAUUAGAAUAAAUUCUCAUUUUUCAUCCUAACAGAGAAGAAGACUAAGGGAAAAAAUGGAGGGAAGGUCACUACCAACAAUUGCGGCGAAUCAUAGAGAAAAAGAACCAAGGCAUUGGAUGGAAGAGAUGAGAGGUUCCCUUAUGGUGGUAGCCACAGUUAUUGCAACCUUGACUUUCCAAAUUGCCAUAAACCCACCAGGGGGUGUAUGGCAAUCAGACACAGACACCCAACAAGGUUGUGGUCCUGGUCACAUAUGCAAAGCUGGUACUUCUGUUUUAGCCUUUGGUGGUGAUAGCAACCAAAAGUUAAAAUAUGAGAUUUUCAUAUUGUUAUGUACCGUAUCUUUCUCGGCAUCUCAGACCGUAAUCCUACUACUGCUUUGUGGAAUUCCCCUCCGUAACAGCGUUUUGGGUGGUCUUAGUUGUUUUGCUGUGUCUGAUACUGUGCUGUCGCUUUAUGUAUUGGCUACUGAAGAAGUUUUUUCGCCUUUUGUGUUGCUGCUGAAGGAGUGCCUAAGUUGCUGCCAACAUUGUUGUCAAGCCAUUCACCAAAGUUUUGCAACAUAAAUUACUUAUUUGAUGCACAAUUUCAUGUGAUCAUCUACCUAAAGUUCAGGAUGGUCUGCCUGAACUUGGCUGAAAUUUUUAUUUUAUCAAUUAUGUUGUGUAUCUAAGUUUUAGUAGUUUAGGGGAGUUCAUAGAUUUAAUAUCAAACGCUAUAAAACGCCAGCUGAAGUGUUUCAGGUAGAGUUGUUAUGCUUUUGGUUCUUUUCUUUUCCAUGUGCAAAUG